UUGAUCCUGACGAAGUAUUACCACGCCGACAUGGGGAAGGUCCUGGAAAGUUCUCUGUGGCGGUCCUCGGACUUCGGGACGUCCUACACCAAGCUCACCCUGCAGCCCGGUGUCACCACGGUCAUCGACAACUUCUACAUUUGCCCCACGAACAAGAGAAAGGUCGUCCUGGUGAGCUCCUCACUCAGCGACAGGGACCAGAGCCUGUUCCUUAGCACGGACGAGGGGGCCACCUUCCAGAAGCAGCUCGUCCCCUUCUCCGUGGAAACUCUGAUUUUUCACCCCAAGGAGGAGGACAAGGUUUUGGCCUACAGCAAGGAGAGCACGCUCUACGUGUCAUCUGACCUGGGGAAGAAGUGGACAUUGCUGCGGGAGCGAGUGACCAAAGACCACGUGUUCUGGGCUGUGUCUGGGGUGGACACCGACCCCGACCUGGUCCACAUGGAAACCCAGGACCUCGGAGGAGGGUUUCGCUACGUCACCUGCCAGAUCCACAACUGCUCCGACAAGACGCUGACGGCUUUGUUCCCAGGCCGCAUUGACCACAGUUCUCUGACCGUGCAGGACGACUACAUCUUCUUUAGGGCCACCGCAACAAACCGGACCAAAUAUUACGUCUCUUACCGUCGCAACGAGUUUGUCCUGAUGAAGCUUCCAAAGUACGCGCUGCCACAGGAUCUGCAGAUCAUCAGCACGGACGAGAGCCAGGUGUUUGUGGCCGUGCAGGAGUGGCACCAGACGGACACCUACAACCUGUACCAGUCGGACACGCGCGGCGUGCACUACUCGCUCGUCCUGGAGGACGUGCGCAGCUCCCGGCAGGCCGAGGACAGCGUGCUCAUCGACAUCCUCGAGGUCCGAGGGGUGAAAGGAGUCUUCCUGGCAAACCAAAAAACCAAUGGGAAGGUGGUGACACUUAUAACCUACAACAAGGGCCGCGACUGGGACCGCUUGAGGCCACCCAGCACGGACAUGAACGGAAAACCAACCAACUGUGAGCCUCCGGACUGCCACCUCCACCUGCACCUGCGAUGGGCAGACAACCCCUACGUGUCGGGCACCGUGCACACCAAAGACACUGCCCCGGGCCUCAUCAUGGGCGCAGGUAACCUGGGCUCGCAGCUGGUGGAGUAUAAGGAAGAAAUGUACAUCACGUCCGACUGUGGGCACACCUGGCGGCAGGUGUUCGAGGAGGAGCACCACGUCCUCUACCUGGACCACGGUGGCGUGAUCGCAGCCAUCAAGGACACCUCCAUCCCCUUGAAGAUCCUCAAGUUCAGCGUGGACGAGGGCCUCACCUGGAGCACGCACAACUUCACCAGCACCUCCGUGUUUGUGGACGGGCUCCUGAGUGAGCCGGGAGACGAGACGCUGGUCAUGACCAUCUUCGGCCACAUCAGCUUCCGCUCAGACUGGGAGCUCGUCAAGGUGGACUUUCGGCCCUCGUUCUCCAGGCAGUGCGGUGAGGAUGACUACGGCUCCUGGCACCUCAGCGACCUGAAGGGUGACCGCUGCAUCAUGGGCCAGCAGAGAAGUUUCCGGAAGAGAAAGCCCACGUCCUGGUGCGUCAAGGGGAAGAGCUUCACGUCUGCGCUGGAGACCCGGGUGUGCCGGUGCCGGGAGUCAGACUUCCUCUGCGACUACGGAUUUGAGCGCUCUCCCUCCUCGGGGUCUGACGCCAACAAGUGUUUUGCCAACUUCUGGUUUAACCCCCUGUCCCCGCCAGAUGACUGUGUUCUGGGCCAGACCUACACCAGCAGCCUCGGGUACCGCAAGGUGGUGUCCAAUGUGUGUGAGGGCGGCGUGGACCCGCGGCAGAGCCCGGCGCCGCUGCAGUGCCCGCUCACGCCGCCCCGGGGCCUGCGGGUCAGCAUCCGCGGCGACGCGGUGGCCGUGCGGCCGGGAGAGGACGUCCUGUUCGUGGUGCGGCAGGAACAGGGUGAUGUCCUGACCACCAAGUACCAGGUGGACCUCGGGGAUGGCUUCAAGGCCGUGUACGUGAACCUCACGUCGACCGAGGAGCCCAUCCGGCACCGCUACGAGAGCCCCGGCGUCUACCGCGUGUCUGUCAGGGCGGAGAACGUGGCGGGGCAUGACGAGGCGGUGCUCUUUGUCCAGGUCAACUCCCCCCUGCAGGCCCUGCACCUCGAAGUGCUUCCUGUCGUCGGCCUCAACCAGGAGGUGAACCUCACAGCCGUGCUGCUGCCCCUGAACCCCAACCUCACCGUCUUCUACUGGUGGAUCGGCCACAGCCUGCAGCCCUUGCUCUCCCUGGAGAACUCUGUGACCACGCGGUUUGCAGACACGGGGGACGUGCGUGUGACUGUGCAGGCCGCCUGCGGAAACUCGGUGCUGCAGGACUCCAAGGUGGUCCGCGUGCUGGACCAAUUUCAGGUAGUGCCUCUGCGGUUUUCCACGGAUCUGGAUGUGCACAACCCCAACACCCCUGAGUGGAGAGAGGACGUCGGCCUGGUGGUGACCCGGCUGCUCUCCAAGGAGACCAGCGUCCCCGAGGAGCUGCUGGUGACCGUUGUAAAGCCGGGGCUGCCCACCGUGGCCGACCUGAACGUGCUCCUGCCCCCUCCCGGGCCCGCGAGGAAGAGGAAUCUCACAAGUGACAAGAGACUCAUGGCCAUCCAGCAGGUGCUGAAGGCACAGAAGAUCAGCUUCCUCCUGCGAGGUGGGGUCCGGAUCCUGGUGGCCAUGAGGGACACAGACACAGAUUCUCAGAGGCCGGGAGGCGGUGGCGGCUACUGGGCCGUGGCGGUCCUCGUGGUCAUCGGACUCUUCGCGGUGGGCGUGUUCAUCCUCUACAAGUUCAAAAGGAAACGCCCCGGCAGGACCGUGUACGCCCAGAUGCACAAUGAGAAGGAGCAAGAAAUGACGAGCCCCGUGAGCCACAGCCAAGGCGUCCAGAGCGUCAUCCAGGGGAAUCACUCCGGAGUGGUCCUGAGCAUCAACUCCCGAGAGAUGCACAGCUACCUGGUGAGCUGAUGUCCCCCGAGGCCCGCGCCCCGGACACUCUCCUCUGCGCCGUCUCAUCCCCGGAGGGCACCGGUGCUGGGACCCGCGUCCCCUCAGAGGCCUGCGGAAGCGCCACCUCGUCCAGCGACAGAUGCCCCCUCUCCUCAGCUCACGCCCGCCCAGCCCGCGAGACGCACGGGGGCCUGACCCCCGGCCCCCUGGACACCAGGCGCACGGCGCCACCCGCCGCCCCCGGCCCCACCGGGCACUUCUCUGUCCCCGGGCCGCGCGUGGCUGCCCCCGCUGCGCCACACCCCGUGGCCCCAGCCCGAGGCCCGGCCGCCCUGGGGACGGGGAGGUGCGCCUGCCGGGGCCGCCGGUCACCCUGCACCGUGGGCCCCUUCCCCACACGGGGGGCCCCGGAGCCCCGCUUUCUUCUUCAAUACCCCCGGGAGGGCGGCUCCCACCUGCAUGGCCUCCCUCGGCGGGGGCCGCCCUGCAGAGUCCAGAAAGUGGACUGUGACCCAGACCCCACCCCUGCCCCGGGCCCUCCCAACACAGCCCUCCGUGCCUCCCGCCGUCCGCCUCUUUUUAAACUGCAGAUAAUGUAAAUACCUCUUUAGGUAGCUGUUUGCGUUCUGGGGGUGGGGGGCUGUUCAACUUUCUACUCUGUGGUCAGGCAGUAGCCGUCUGGGUUGCUUUGUCAGAGCCCCCUUCUCGGGACCCUUCUUUUAGUGCCGGGGUUCCGGAGGGACAGGUGCUCUGACGGCUUUGCCCCCGGAGCCCGGGCCUGCACUUCUGCAGCCGGCCAGCAGGUGGCACGCUCCCCGGGGUUUCCCCGCCCACCCGCUGGGGUCUCCUCCUCCCCCUGGGGCACCGCCUGGAGAAGCACCAAGGGCCCGGCGCCUCCUUACAGUUGGGGGAACCCGGGUAGGAGCCGGGGACCAGAAGAGGCUUCGGAUGGCGGAACCGGAAGGGCCGUCCAGGAGCGUGCCCCUCAUUUUGAAGUUGGAGAAAUUGAGGCCCAGAGAGGGGUGACUUUCCCAAGGUCACACAGCAAGACAGUAGCAGAGGUGCCCCAGGGACUAGCCCUCUGCACCCCGGUGCACAGUGAGUCCACUCACUCACAGACGCCUAGAAUCAGGGACGCUAGCCUAAGUCUACACUUGUGAAUAUACAGGGGGGAGGUGUUCACCUUUUGCCUUGAACCCCGAAGUCAGUAGUCUCCUCCCUCCCCCCUUUCUCCCCCCUCCUCCUCUCCCCUCCCUCCCUCCUCCCUCUCCCUUUCUCCUCCCUCUCCCUUUCUCCUCCCUCCCUCCUCCCCCCCUCUUCUUCCCCCCUCCCUCCCCCCACUUUCCCCUCCCAGGCAGGGCUCAGGGUCUCCCCCUAGGCAAUGGGGAACACCAGAGCUCAGGCUGGGAGCUCACUGGCUGCUGGUGAGUCCAGAAUGAAGCCUGGGGGGCAUCAACUCACUUCCCUUACAAAGGCCUGCAGGAGGGGAGACCCAGGGACAAACCCUCGCGCCCGCAACAGGCCCCAGCGCACAGGAGUCCCUCAGUGUUUGCGUGUCACAAAUAGGGACUCUGAGGCCGCGAGGAGGAAGGGGUCACUGUGUGUCACACGCCAGGUGGUGGAGUCCCUCUCCCCGGGCCGCCGCUCACCAGCUGGGGCUCCUGGGCCCCCUCCAGAGGUCACCCUGCAAGUUGUUCUUAAGACCCUCCUUGGGGAAGGGCUGGGGCCCAGAGACCGGGGGACGCGUCGCUGGGGAGGUCGGCGCGGGAUCCCCGGCUGGCACUCUCUGGACCUUUGCCACCCCCCAGCCUGUUUGCAGUCUUCAAAGACACCUUAGGGAGCCCUGUGUCCUGCCGUCCACCCCCACCCAGCCUGCCCCAUGAGCACCACACAGGGUCAGACACCUGUCGGCACCAUCCAGAGCCAAGGUCACGGUCAGCAUGAGUCCCCUGGACACAGUGCCCCUCCCCCACCCCCAGCUCACCAGUGCCUGCAGGUGACCACCCCUUUGACCUUCCUUGACCACUCAACUUCAUUCUCUCUGCUGUUUGGGUAGGGGUUUUUUUCCCCCUUAGUUAUUGGUGUUUCGUAUUUUACGUUAUUGUUUCUAUUAAGAGUAUUUUGAGUGUGUGGACCCGAGAGCCUGGGAAUAAGGUGGCAUCUGAGAUAACCUUCCACUUCUCCAUCCCCGUGACCAUAUAGAUCAACACGUAGGUCUAUGGAUCGUCUGGUUAUACAUCUGAGGUUCUACGAAUCUGCUGUACAGGCACCUGGGGGUAAGGUGUGGUCUGCGGUGGGCAGCUAACGCUCCAUUCGACCGGGCUCUGCCCACACUUGGUAUAUGCACAUAACAAAGAUGCGAAAAAUCCUUUCUUAUUUUUCCUUUUUAAAAAUCAAUAAAUCACUUGUGAUGCUUUUAACAGAGAUUAAAUGAAUAUAAUCAGC